GCGCCGCAUGAAGUCGAACAAGCCUUCUGUGAGACGGUGUUGAUUUGGCAUAUCAGCUGUCAAUCAUGCGGUAGCUCUGCCUCAUGGGCGUGGCCGGACACUGCGGUACCCUGAUUGUUGUGUGUGUCAUCUGCUCUGAUUUACUCUCUUCAUCAUUCUCGCACCUUUAUGCUGUUUUAAAACGCACGCGGAGGCCUGGUAACCAUAGAGACAGUUAAGCAGUGCUUGCAGCCCUCACAAGGAGUUGAAGCAUGUAUUCGUUUGGCGGGGUGUCGUCGCGUAUUCAGAAGGAGCGUCUGCUGGCAGAAGGGAUGGGUACCAAUGAGAAGGCACUCAAGUUCCUCAACCAAGAUUAUGAUGAACUAAAGAGAGAAUGUGUGGAGAGUGGGAAAAUGUUUGAAGACCCCUGUUUCCCCGCCAUAGCCCAGUCAUUGGGAUUUAAAGAGCUUGCCCCAAACUCCUCCAAAACACGCGGUGUGAAGUGGAUGAGACCCAAUGAGCUGUCAAACAACCCUCAGUUUAUCGUGGGCGGGGCCACACGGACAGAUAUUUGCCAGGGGGCUUUAGGUGACUGUUGGCUGCUUGCUGCCAUAGCAUCCCUGACCCUAAAUGACAGGCUGCUACACCGGGUUGUACCUCACGGGCAAAACUUUACAGAUGACUACGCAGGCAUCUUUCACUUCCAGUUCUGGCAGUUUGGCGAAUGGAUGGACGUUGUGAUCGAUGACCGCUUGCCUACAAAGGAAGGAAAGCUGCUGUUUGUUCACUCGGCAGAGGGAAACGAAUUCUGGAGCGCCCUACUGGAGAAGGCUUAUGCAAAGCUGAACGGUUCGUACGAAGCUCUGUCUGGCGGUUCCACCACCGAAGGCUUCGAGGACUUCACGGGCGGAGUUGCCGAGAUGUACGAGCUGCGUAGUGCUCCCAAAGAUUUGCACCGCAUCAUCGGCAAAGCUUUGGAAAGAGGUUCACUGUUGGGAUGCUCUAUCGAUAUCACCAAUGCUUUGGAUAUGGAGGCUGUGACUUUUAAGAAGCUGGUGAAGGGACAUGCGUAUUCUGUCACGGGUCUCAGAGAGGUAAAUUACCGUGGUAACAAAGAGAGGCUGAUCCGUAUCCGGAACCCUUGGGGUCAAGUUGAAUGGACGGGAGCUUGGAGUGACAAUUCAUCAGAGUGGAACGGGAUUGACGCUGCUGAUAGAGAAGAAAUGAACAACCACAUGGAGGAUGGCGAGUUCUGGAUGUCUUUUCAGGAGUUUAAGCGUCAGUUUUCUCGGCUUGAAAUCUGUAACCUGACAGCGGACGCUCUGUGCGAAGAUGCUCAGAGUUUUUGGAACACGAUUAAGUUCACCGGCAGCUGGAGAAAAGGGAGUACGGCAGGCGGCUGCAGGAACCAUCCCAAUACAUUCUGGAUAAACCCGCAGUAUAAGAUCACCCUCCUUGAGGAAGAUGAUGAUCCUGAGGAUGAAGAGGUUGCCUGUAGCUUUCUGGUGGCACUGAUGCAGAAGGACAGACGGCGUUAUCGCAAACAGGGACAGGACAUGCACACCAUCGGCUUUGCUUUAUAUAAGGUCCCGGAAGAGUAUCAAGGCGCUCAGAGCGUUCACCUCAAGAAGGACUUUUUCCUGCGACAGUCCUCGUGCGGACGUUCACAGAGUUUCAUAAACCUGCGUGAGGUCAGCGCAAGACUGAAGUUGCCUCCGGGCGAGUACCUCAUCGUCCCGUCCACCUUUGAGCCAAGCAAAGAGGCCGACUUUGUUCUCCGAGUCUUCACGGAGAAAGCCACCGAAACACAAGAGAUGGAUGAUGAAAUUUCAUUUAACCUGGAAGAUGAAGAGGAGAUCUCCGAAGCAGACAUCGAUGAGUCUUUUAAAAGAAUGUUCGCUCAGCUCUCCGGUGAGGACAUGGAGAUAUCCGUUCAUGAGUUACAAACCAUUUUGAACCGAGUGGUCUGCAAACACAGCGAUCUUAAAACAGACGGCUUCGGUAGGGAGUCGUGCAGAUGUAUGGUCAACCUGAUGGAUAAAGAUGGCAGCGCGCGACUGGGACUCGUGGAGUUUCAGAUCCUUUGGAAUAAAGUCAGGAAGUGGCUGGGAAUUUACAGACAGUUUGAUCUGGAUAAGUCUGGCACCAUGAGCUCGUACGAGAUGCGUCUGGCUUUGGAAGCGGCAGGGUUUAAGCUCAACAACAAGCUGCAUCAGAUGCUGGUGGCGCGAUAUUCAGAAGGAGAGAUGAUUGAUUUUGACAACUUCGUAUGUUGCCUGGUCAAACUGGAAGCGAUGUUCAAGGCUUUUAAAGAGCUGGAUAGAGAUGGGACAGGGGUCGCACAGCUCAAUGUCUGUGAGUGGCUGUACAUGACCAUGUGUGGUUGAUGUGUGGAAACAACCUGACCUCGCGGGAUUUAUUUCACACGUGAAUCGUACAAAAACGUACGAUUAUUAAAAAACAAUUAUGAUACCCCGCCCCUACGAACAACGUCAUCACGGGCAAAAGCAAAUCAUACAAAAAAUGCUCGUACAAAUUAUAACGAAUUAGCCACCUCGUAAAAUACAUACGAAUUGCCAUGAGAUUAUGUUGGUGGAGAAGAUCAUUUAAUGCUAAACAAGAAGGGCCAAAAUCACAACCACAACUACAGCUUUAAAGCCAUUACACCAAAGGAUGCCAAAGCAAUACAUAACAUACUGCCUUAAAAACACACCCAACCUAACUAAUACACUGCAAAAAAAUACUUUCUUAGUAUUUUUGUCUUGUUUUCGGUACAAAUAUCGAAAAAUUCUUAAAUCAAGAU